AUGGCUCCCGGGUUGACUGGGUGUUUGGGCGAAGAUGGCAUACACGUUGACAUGGAGCAUCUGAAGAAGGGAGAAGUCAACAUGGCGAUCAACUUCAAGGACGGGGUGAUUCUGGGAGCCGACUCUCGCACGACGACCGGGGCCUACAUCGCGAACCGGGUGACAGACAAGCUGACGCAGGUACACGACACGAUAUGGUGCUGCCGCUCGGGCUCAGCAGCAGACACACAGGCGGUAGCAGACAUCGUCAAGUACCAUCUGGGCAUGUACGGGGUGGUGUACGGCCGCCAGCCGACUACGCAGACCGCCGCCGCUCUCUUCCAGGAGCUCUGCUACGAUAAUAAGGAUGCUUUAAGUGCCGGGAUAAUCAUUGCGGGCUACGACGAACGACACGGGGGCCAGGUGUACAGCAUCCCGCUGGGCGGCUCUCUGCACAAGCAGCCGUACGCGAUCGGCGGCUCGGGCUCGACGUACAUCUACGGCUACUGCGACGCCCACUGGCGCGAGAACAUGGACGAGGCGGAGGGCGUGGAGUUCGUCAAGAACUCGCUGCGGGAGGCAAUCAAAUGGGACGGCAGCUCCGGCGGCGUCAUCCGCAUGGUCGUCCUGACCAACCGAGGCGCCAUCCGGCAUCUCUACCUGCCUGACAACGGCUACACGGGGCCUGGCGCUUCUCCUGUAUCUUAA